UCAUAUAAUGGACGAUCCCACGCCAUCAGUGCACGUUCCAACCGUUCGCUAUUGUGAACUCAACUGCUAUACAAAUUCCCUUCAGGGAUCAACGGUGGGCUGAAUAUAACUCGUACGUUCACACGCUUCUCACUCUACCCGUAUUUCAUUUCUGACGGCCAAUUUUUACGAGUUUUAAAUCAACAUUUUUUUCUGCGACGAUCUGCAAGAUCGCCAUCAGCGUCGUGACGAUUGAGAACAAGGAGAACAUCACCUUUUACUAGUGCGUGGAUGGUGGAAACAUCACACUGCAUCUACCGACACAGUGCGCCACAUGCACGAGAAUCGUUUGUAUAUGACUCGUCAUUUCUCAACGUCUGAUUCAUUUAUAGAUUGUACCAAUUAAGCCACUUACAGCUUGGAAUUCGGUUGUGGAACUGAUAUUACAAUCUGAUGAAAGAUGCUGGAGAAAAUUUGAUCCGGAUCUUGACCCAAACCACUGGAAACAGUAAGAAACACAACCAACCACGCGGAGGAACUGAGACGACAUUAUUUGUCUGAUUGCGUUUUUAGAAUUGUUGUGAUUUUGUUCGAGAAUUAAUCGACAAUAUGUCCAUAGCCGGAAGUAUUGCAGGAGAGUCGGUGUACUAUGAAGAACCAUACUCGGUUCCAGGACCAUGUCGGACAUGUUGCAUUAAGUGUCCCUGCCCAAGCAUCCUCGCUACCUUAGCUUUCCUUGGAGGUGCGGCUUUGUUCUGUUUGGCGGGAGUCUUAGCUGGACAGCAAACAUCGGAACUGUUCCAGGGAACUUACGUCCAAGAUGAUAUGGAUACAUGGAUUGGGAACAUCACGAUAGGCUUGUACGUUGAGAUCGCAGUCAUGGCUCUCAUUGCAGUAGCAUUGCUGGGCAUAUCUUGUCUUGGUACGGGAGCAGUGAGGAAGGAGUUUAUGUGGCGUUUCAGAACAAGAGCCAAAGGAAGAUGUCAGACCGGAUUGUUCAUGAUCGUGGUAUACUUGCUCCUCCUGCUCUGGCUGGGCCUGAGUUUUGUUUCGCUGGUUCCCAUCGUCUUCUUUUACAUCCAAAGACGUGGGAUGUGUGUUGGCCUAGAAUACUAUGACCCCAACCAAGACAACCCCCCUGAAAAACCCUGCAUUGACCUCAAGCAGUGGAGUCUUGCUCCGGCAGACUACCAGGCUGAUGCCAGGGAUUUGGAUAAGAUAUGCGAUGAUAAACUCCGUGCUUUGUGCGACAGCAAUGUUCUCCUGUGGUACGCACUGGCGUUCUUUGCAGCCAUUCUUGUCACACUGUCCAUGCUGCACUACCUGAUUAAUUAUGGCGCCAACUUUGCCAAACUCCGAGACCGUUUCAAAGACGGCUUUGCUAAUCGUAAGUCUGGCGCCUACUUGGUACGUGCUAACUCGGUCAGAAGCAGCCGGCACGCCAGGAGCUCCCUGCGUGGAAGCCGAAAUAAUGUCCUCCGAGGAUCCAGGGCGUCCCUUAGGACAACCAGUAACCAUGGCAGCAACAAUCACACGCUGAAUGACACCAGUAAUGCAGCUACACUGCGCAUGACUGAAUCCUAUCAGAAUCAGGCACUACAGAGUGGUGAUGAGCUGUAUGCGAUGAGGCAUAUGAACCAAGAUGUUCUGAAUUAUGAUAGGGAACCUGUCUCGCAUUUGCAGAAUCACUAUGCAGAUCCACCUCGGCAAGCGCCACCACCAGCCUAUGGCAGUGUUAAUGGCAGUCGCCAUGGCAUUGACCAACCAGCAUUGAGUUUGCCAGGUACUGAGACUGGUCCAUCGAAUGUGUAUGGAAACCCACACGCUAACGGUCGGGCACCAAGUCACACAAGCAGCACUCUCAGUGGUAAUGCUAGUGGUAACUACCCAGCAAAUCCCAAAAUGAACACUCUGGAUUACAACCGAGACAUCGACUAUAAAAGGGAUGAUUACUACCCAAGAAGCAGUAAUUUCAACUUGAAGCCCAAUAAUUACCAUGACAACGUAGAUGGGAGUGGUAGUGUCCAUGGGAGUAUUCAGCAUAGUAGCGCAGGCGAUAACAGUGAUGGUGUUUUUGGAGGCAAUCGAUGGGGUUAUAAUAAUCAUUACCAAGGUGAUGAGAGAAGCCGACGCCCACUUAGUAGCUUCACGGACCCAGAACCAGCGCCCUCUCUCGGCUCACCUUCGUCAGAUAGAGCGCCGCCUAGAGGCUUCAAUGAGUAUUUCAUAUGAUUGGUGCAAUCAUUGUCUCAUUGAAUUCCCCUUGGCUUACUUUUGUACAAACAUAAGUUAAAUUUAGUAAGUACCAGUUUAAGCAAACAACUACAUCAAUUCUUUGAAUCCUAAAAGAAACCCGCUGAGACUACUAUAAUUACAUUUAGUAUCCAUUCUUACUUUCGCUAAAUCGUAAAAAGCACAGCUUUAUCAGUAUUACAAUGUACUACGUUUAUGAGACCUAAGAACAAUUAGAAAGUCGAGUCGUACAUGUAUUUUGCUUUGCAAAUGCGUAUUUUUUGGACAAUAUUUCGUGGUAUUUAGGCUAAAAUGAAAUCGUUACGUAUUGAUGGUUAUGAUUUAAUCCACUUCUUUGAAUAAUCAGCAGUUAAGGUUUUUUUUAACAAUACGUUGUGACUAAGCGAGUGAACGUUUAUAAAGAUUUUUUUUUAUGUACCACUCAAGCGUUGCCGAACAAGUGAAAAUGUAUUCAGUUCGUAUUGUUUACAAAUCUUUGAAAGUUUUCAGUGUACAUUGAUCACAAUUAUGUAAAUACUGACAAUAGUUUGGACUAAUAGAUGUGUAUAUGUAAUGUGUAUAUAUUUUUGUAUCCCAGUUUUGAGGAAAUCAUUUUUGUAUUUUGCAAUGGUUGAAAAGUUUAAAAGAUUCGAGUGCUUGAGAUGAUGUUCGGUUUCUAUGUACAUGUAAGACUUGCUUUUAGAUUAAUACUUAAUUUUUUUUGUUUGUUUAAUUUGUUCACACAAUGAGCAGGUAUCACAGUUUGAAAUUACAAUACCUAGCAGAUGUAAGACAGAAGACAGAUUGUAAAAAGUUGUCAAAAAGAAAUGCUGGGCUAAUUGUAAAUAAUCUUUGCUUUUCAGAGCAGUUUUACCAGGAAGGAUGAAACAUCAAUCAAACUGUACAAAUAUCGUGUAGAUUUUAACUUGUGAUUUCUAAUGAUUGAAAUACAAUAUUUGUUUCAAGUUUUUUGCUGUUUUUAAUACAAACAACCGAUUGUUGUUUUAUCAUAUCUAUCGGUAAAUCUGUUCAUCACCGUUUUGAAACAUUACAUGUAUUUCGUUACACAGACAUCCAUUUUGAAAACAUUAGUCAGUCAUUGUUUUAACGAGUUACUUGUUUUGUUUGUAUUUUUAUUUUAAUAAAUGCCUCACGUGAAGCCGAGAUUUCAUGUUUAUAA